AUGUCUUCUAAUGCGUCAGGUACCUGCACUAAGGAGGAGCCGCCACAGAGACUACGGAGCCUGCGCUUUGCAAACCCAGCGAGCUGUCUGGGAUCAGGCAGUCUACACUGGAAAGGGAGGGGAAAGAGGAGGAGCUCAGCGCUGGCACCCACUGCGCAUGCCCAGCCUCGUUGCCAAGGCAGCCGGGAAGCCGUAGCCCGGAAGCGGAUCCUUGCAGAGCUGCCUGCUGUGAGACCGACCUCUGUGGACUCCCCUGUGACCAGAGAGCAAGGGGAACUGGCGCAAACGGACAUCAGGGCUAUGGGAGACCUUUCUGAUGGGACCUUUACUGAUGAGGUCCAGAGUUCCAGUUCUUUCAGCUCUUCCGGAGGACUGCAGCCCUGGUCCCAUACCUCUGGGAGCACAUCUGGGAGUGGAAAGACCACUACACGCUUGGAGAAUCGAGACAGACAAUCUGAGCUUUCAGACUGCCAAAAUAAUGAAAAGAAAUUCAGUAGAAAAUGGAUCAACCAUCUCAAGGGCAAAGAAAGGAACUGUGGACAGCACCAGUCAGACACUAAACUUCAAGCAGAAACCACUCGGGUAUCUGAUGAAGAACUGAAUGCCCUACAGUCUUUUUGUGACAUUAAAAUCAACCUGAUCCGUCACAGAGCAAACUCCAAGGAGAAAAAGGGCAGCAGACGUAAAAGGCUACAGCUUAGAUUGGAUGCAGAGGUUUCAGAGAAAGAUGCCUUAAACUGUGCCGUUCCUGAUGAAGUUUUGAACAGAAUCUACCUAAAAAACAUGAGGAUAACACCAAAACAGGUGGCGACAGCUAAGCAACACAUUUCUUCUUGGUGUCCCCACUGCAACAGAAAAAGAGCAGAACUGGCCCAAUCUGCCUUUCUGCGACAGAAGAAGACUUUGCUAGAGUCCCUUCUACUCCAAGAGAAGAUAGACAAACAUCUUUAUACCAAAGACUUUCUUACCCAUAUUGGAGAUGCACAUCAGGAGGGUUUUCCUAGGCUUUCAGAUGACCCCAGAAUAAUCUGGAAAAGACUGAAUGAGAAAAGUCAGAUCAGAUACUAUAGUUUUGAAAGGUCAGAUAGAGAGCAGAUGCGGCAGAAUGAAAAAAGCGCUUGUCACUCACCCUUUCUCUGCUGCUUGACCAAGCCACCUACUCUAUCCAAACAGGAGAUGGUGUUUACCAAUGAUAAUGUGUAAUGUGGAUAAAUGUUUCUGUUGUGUAUUUGAAUAAUCAUCAUUUUUACAUGUACUUGGGAAACUAAUUUAAGACUUGACUAUGCUUCCUUCACAGCUAUGUGGGCUAAAAACUCUCCAUCUAGUAUGUUUAUUAUUAUUAUUGUUAUUGUUAUUGUUAUAGAUGGCAACACUGUAGUUGGUAUACUACAAAAUGUUUGAAACAGUCCAGGAGAGAGAUGUUGGUGGCUUAGACUAGGGUUUGACAAUACAGAUAGAGGUACAGAGAUGUAAGAGAUACUUAGGAGGUAAUAAUUAACAAUCUUUGGUGAAGAAAUGGAUAUGGGAUUUAAUAAAAGGUAAAUGUUAAGAAUGUUACUAAAUUUCUGACUUGUGCACUUGGAUGAAAAAUAUCAUUAAAGGAACAUUGGAAAAGGAUCUUGUUUGAUGGUAGUGAUUAAGAGUGUGAUUAUCUGAGCAUGGUUAGUUUAAGGUAUAUUUAAGACAUUUACAUUGACAGGUUGGGAAAUGGCUGGUUAUUUGUGCUUGCAGUUGAGAGAAAAGGUCACGCCUAGAGAUUUGAAAUAAAGCGUGGGGUGGAAUCACUGACCUAUAGUUGGAAAUUGAAAUCAAAGAUACGGUAAACUUUUCUAGAAGGAGUAGAGUGAAAGAGGGGAGGUUAUGAGCAGCUCCUGAGAAAUCCAGCAGCUAAUGGCCGGAUGGAAGAGAAUAAGCCAACAAAGGAGGUUGAGAAAAAUGACCACAGAAGGAUAAAGGAAGCCAUAGUGUUAACAGAGAUCAAAGAAAGAACAUUCCAGAAAGGACGGGCUAAGAAUGCUAAUGCAGCAGAGAGUUCCUGUGGGACAAUUUCCUUAGCCUUACCUGUUGGGCUCUGUUGACCUUAGCAACAGACACUUCACUUAUGGAAAUCAGGCAAAGUGGAUCGAGGAAUAAAUGUAAGGUAAGGAGAUGAGGCCUAUGAAUGCGCACUAAUCCUAGAAGUUCAGCUGUGUGGGGAGAAAGGGGGUAGCUGGAGGUAGAUACAGAAGUGAGGGAAGAAUGCUUGCUGCGAGUGCUCUAAAAAGUCAUUUUCUUCAUAAAGAUUUUAUGGAACUCUUCUUGUUCAUCUGAUGAAAUAAUAUUACCCCCUCGAGAACACCAUGGUAUUUUGAAAAUACAUUUAUUGGGAAAAAGUGUUAGAUGGCAUUUUGAGA